CAACAACCACGACUUAUAUGUAAUGAUUUUAACAAAGCUUUGUUACUCUUAUUAGCGAUUCAUGACAGAGUUGAACUGAAAUCGGAGAAGUCCUCAGUGUCCGAAAGGCGAGCGUUCCGCGAUCUCCGCCAUAGCCGUAAUCUUCUCCGUCCAACAUGGAUUUAUGCCCUUCUGUAAAGAACAUUCUUCUUCUUGAUUCAGAAGGGAAACGCAUAGCUGUCAAGUACUAUUCUGAUGACUGGCCUACCAAUAGUGCAAAGGAAGCUUUUGAGAAGGCUGUAUUUACCAAGACUCAAAAGACAAAUGCCCGUACAGAAGUAGAGAUAGCUAUGUUUGAGAGCAACAUUGUCGUCUACAAGUUUGUACAAGAUCUGCACUUUUACGUUACUGGGGGUGAAGAUGAAAAUGAAGUCUUUUUAGCCACUGUUCUUCAGGGAUUCUUUGAUGCUGUCGAUAUUCUACUUAGGGGCAAUGUCGAUAAGAAGGAGGCACUUGAAAAUCUGGAUCUCAUUCUAUUGUGCAUUGAUGGAAUUGUUGAUGGAGGAAUUGUUCUUGAAGGCGAUGCAAAUAGCAUUGCUAGUAAAGUUGCAAGUCACAGUAUAGAUUCUGGAGCACCUUUUUCUGAGCAGACAAUAAGUCAAGCACUGGCGACUGCUCGCGAACAUCUUACUAGAUCUCUUCUCAAGUAACAGUAUGUUAGACACACCUACAAAUGAAGAAAUAGAAGAAAGAGAAAGCAAAAUUUUGUUUUAUCGUUUCUUGAGUGCACAGUCAGUGAGCUUCAUCUUUAUAUGGAUUCUUGACACUGUUGCGGUAGAAUUUGAUACUCAAUGUAGCUUUCUUUAAAUGUAGCGGAUUUGUAUUUUAUAUAUUCAGAUUUUUUGACAUGGUGAGUUGCUGAGACCGAAA